GCCUGGGCAGUAGUCUGAUCGUGAAGAGGACAUUGUUGUUUGUUGUUUUAGUGUCGAACAGCUGUGCUGUGUGUCCGUCCCGUGCAUCCAUUUUAACAGUCACAAUUUAAAAGAGGACAACUUUAAAGAAGUACAUUUAGAAAUAUAUUAUUUAUUGAUAAUCUGCAGCUGCAUCGAGCGACACAGAGCCCCGGAAACAUGAAAUGGAUGUUCAAAGAGGAUCACUCCUUAGAACAUCGAUGCAUAGAAUCAGCCAAAAUCCGCAACAAGUACCCUGACCGGGUCCCGGUGAUCGUGGAGAAGGUGUCGGGGUCGCAGAUCGUGGACAUCGACAAGAGGAAGUACCUCGUCCCCUCCGACAUCACGGUGGCUCAGUUCAUGUGGAUCAUCAGGAAACGCAUCCAGCUGCCCUCAGAGAAGGCCAUCUUCCUGUUCGUGGACAAGACGGUGCCUCAGUCCAGGUCAGGGCCGGGGCGCUGGGUUUGGGGGGGUAGUUAUUUUCAGAGGUUCCCAAUUCCCGGGUCGAUUACCGGUACCGGGCCUCAGAACGUUUGCAAGAGAAGAUGAUGUGAUUCUGAAUGAUAAUUAUGUGUGUUGAGAGCAUAAAUAAAAAGAGAUCACACCAGAAGAGAAACCUGCAUGUGAACGAGCGAAUAGACAGCGAUCGAUCGACAGUAAAUUAAUUAACAGCUCUUUUUUUAAUUUGUUUUUUUAUAUAAUUUUAAAUGUCAAAAAGUGCAUAAUUUGUCCAAAACCCAAAUAUAUUUUUAUUUGAAAUCAUAAAUGACAAAGAGAACCUGUAAAAAUUCACAUUUGAGAAGCUUCGAUCAGCAAAUAUUUGGCAUUGUUAAGUAAGUAAAUGAUUCCGUGAUGAUCACAACAGCACAGAGACGCCUUCAUGGUCAUAAACGGUAGUCGAGAUAAAACUUGAGUCAAAUGACUUUAUAGCUUUUAUCAACAGGAACUCUGUUUAAUUCCAGACGCUGUCACAGUCGGGAUGAAGAGUCUCUUUUUUUAAUUUCCCGUGUGGCUUUUUAUCUCAUUUAUUACACGAGUCACUGCUCCUCUUAUUAUAAUGCCAAUUUAAGAAAAUAAUGUUUGUUGAAAUAAAUUGAUUAAAAGUAAGAAGGUGGAGUAGAGUGAGUAAAGACCUGGAGAAAGAUAUGAAAGUACAACGUCAUGAGUUAAUGUGUUAGGAGUUCAUAUUCAGGCUGAUUCAACACUGAGACAGAGGGAGCAGUAGUUACACCCAUCACUCCUCUCAGACCAGCCGUGACUCAGCACUUUCUGUCUGUAUUUUUAGCCCCGUCACAGAGAGAAAAAAGGCCUCUGAGGCCAGCAGCCUUUAACCUUUUAGACUUGUUUCUAAAUGUAGAGAUCUGGUGGAGAAACAGCCGUCUCACACUCAACUAUCUGAGCUUAUAGUCUUCAGUUUCUACUCUAAUUUUACUUUGGUUGGUAAUUAUGAGCAGUUAAUCUUGUGAUAGUUUGGAAAAUAGAUAGUUGCGUUCAAUAGAGACUUCUUUUUUUUUUGCCACCUACCCUCUCUGUGGCUUUCAGCUCCAACCCCAUUGGUUCAUACUGAAGAGACACAUCUUUAACAACACCAAUACAUUGGUUCAAUUCAGUCAGUCAUUUCCUAAAUCAGCUGGUCACUGUAGGUUUAAAUCAAACAAACAGGAGGAAAUAGUGCCUUUGUUGGGGACUAUAUUCAG